GUUGCUAAGGCGACUUUUCAUUUUUCUCUCUUGAUCAAAUCGACCCUUCGUCUCACUCUUCCGCCUGUCUCCGAAUUUCAAUUUUUGUCGCUUAUUUGACGAUGUUAUAGGAAGCGACGCUUUAGGAGUUCCGUUUCUCAUCGUAACUGAGACGACUACGCUCACAUGAGACCUCAUCCUCCGAUUUCAACCUAAGGUUAUAUGGCCUUAGUUUAGCAUUCAGGGGAGUGAUGAUAAGCAAGACAAAGGGGAAAUUGUAUCCCAAGAAGUGAAAGUGAAGUGUGAUUUUUUAAUUUUGAAACAAUUAAUUAAUGAAUGUUACUUUCAAUGAGUAGAUAAUGUUAAAUGAUACUUGACAUGAAUUUGGGUGGCAUGUGACCUUAGGAGAGGAUUAUUUUUAAAAAUGUUUCAGGUUGUUCAUAGUCUUUAUUGCCUGUAGUGAGUGUAAUCAAAGGCUCCAGCCAUGUUGUCGUUCUUGGGACUCUUAGCCACAGCUUGUUUAGGUUUUUGUUAACCAAACAUGUUAACCUUUUUGUUUUCAUAUGAAACUUAUGCUUGAGAAUUAAGUUAUACGGAAGUCUUUCCCUGCUUUUCUUUUCCAAGUUAACACCUUUAUUCAACAAGGCAUGUGAUUUUUGGAGCCUCUUGUUGGAGUGAGAGUUUGGAGAAUAUGCUGAAUUCAGAGGCGUCAGGAGGAAUGGCAAUGCCAGUCAAUGAUGGUCAUUCUGAAAAAAGACGUAGGAUGCCGAUGAUGGAAAAUGGAGACUUCACUUUCCUUGCUCGGCCCAUGUAUAAGAGGCGUAAAAUUUCUGCAGUUCGUGAUUUCCCAGAAGAAUGUGGAUCGUCCGCUUCAGUGAUUGAUCCGGUGUUAAAGAUAAAUAUUGCAGGUUGUCAUUCUGCUGAUGGUACAAUUGUUGAGGAUAAGAAUGGGGAACAAUUUGGGGGUAAUACUGUUGUAAUUUCCAAAUGUGAAAAUGGUCCUCAGCAUUCUGAGUUUCAAAAUGGUUCAUUUAUUACUGAGAAUCUUGGCCAAACAACCGACUGUUAUUUGAACAAGGAAAAUUCUGUGGUCCCAUCUCAUCAGGUGGAUGGGCUUACUGCCAAUGCUGAACAUGCAGAAGUUCCAUUAAUGAACAUGGUAACUUUGGAUACAGAGCCUGCAAGACUUGCAGACUCUGUAAAAUGUGAUUCCUCUGAUUUGUUAAAGUCAUCUUCUCCAGUGGAUGAGGUGGCUGUAUUAGAUGGUUCAAAGUCUUUAUCUUUCAAUGUCUAUUUACCUGGUUCCAGUACUUGUAGUGAGGAGGUUGUAUGUCCAAGGGAUUUUCCUCAAAGAACAGUUUCUGCUGUUAGAGACUUUCCCCCUUUCUGUGGACGUAAUGCUCCACGUCUCAGUAAGGAUGUGUGUCUAGAGCAGAUCUCUUCAUUGAAUAAUGAGAAAGUAGACUUGGCUGUAGGUGACAAUCCAUUGAAAGGCGUAGCAGUAACCGAUGUAAAAGAAGUGAAAAAUAAUGUUCAAGAUGAACACCGAUGCAAGGGGAAGCUUGUGGACAUCAUUCAAACUGAUUCUGAAAGGAAUGCUACAGAGAGAGUGAAGAAGCUAAAUGUAUUUGAACCAACUUCUGAGGUGAAAUUGCGCAUGGAAAACACAAGUAAAAAGUACGUUACACUUCCUGAAAAAGGUAAUAAUCAUCAUCAGGUUAAAAUAAAUUCCAAGUCGGAGGUAAAAGAGCAAAACAGGGAUGGUGUACUGGCUGAUGCAACAUCAGGGCUAGAGAUUAUAGUUCAUCCAGAUGUCCAAAGUCCCAUGACAAAGCCUUUAAACAUGUCUAGUUCUCAGCAUAAGUUGAAAGGAGAUUUUAAUCGAUUGCAGGUCUCAUUGGACAGGAAAGUAGUGCUAGGUUUGAUGGCUACAUCAGAAUGUCCUUGGAGGUCUGAUAAAGUUUUUCGCAAAUAUAAGUCAGUUGAUAGUACAAAGAAAAAAAAGGGAAAGAAUUUGGAUUCUCUUGCACCUCUUGGAAGGUCUAAAUCUGCUAUCAAGACAAAAAAAGGUGCAUUGAAUCUUUCUGGGAAGAAGUCUUUGAAAAGUAUAAAAGGAAGUGCUGCUUCUGAAGGUAUGAAUCAAUUAGUAAUUUGGGAAAAGACGGAUUUUCUUGAUGCUAUUGAAAAUAUUGAAGACCUUCAAGUUGUUUCAAAAUCACAGAGUUUCAAUGUAAUUGUGCCUCCCCCUGGUCAUUCUAGUGGUCAUGUGAAUGACUCGAAUGUGACCCGAAAUAAAGUGAGGGAAACAUUACGUCUGUUUCAAGCUGUUUCUAGAAAGCUUUUACAGGAAGUAGAAUCAAAAUUAAAAGAGCGAGCAAAUAAUAAGAGGGUUGAUUUGCAAGCUGCAAAGAUCCUUAAGGAGAAAGGGAAAUAUGUUAACUCAGGCAAGCAGAUCCUGGGAUCUGUCCCUGGGGUUGAAGUUGGUGAUGAAUUUCAGUAUAGGGUGGAGCUUAAUAUAAUUGGGCUUCAUCGUCAGAUUCAGGGUGGCAUAGAUUAUGUGAAGCACAAUGAUAAAAUCCUUGCAACUAGUAUUGUUGCAUCUGGGGGCUAUGCUGAUGAUUUGGAUAAUUCAGAUGUCUUGACAUAUACAGGGCAGGGUGGAAAUGUGAUGAACAGUGAUAGAGAACCUGAAGAUCAGAAGCUUGAGCGGGGCAAUCUUGCUUUGAAGAACAGUAGUGAGGAAAAGAAUCCUGUUAGGGUGAUCCGUGGCUAUGAAUCAACGGAUGGAAAGUGUAGGACAUAUGUUUAUGAUGGACUCUAUGAAGUUGAGUCAUUUUGGCAGGGUAGGGGACCGCAUGGGAAACUGGUUUUUAGGUUUCGCCUGCAGAGAAUCCCCGGCCAACCAGAGCUUGCUUUGAAGGAAGUGAAGAAAUCUAAAAAGUUCAAAACAAGAGACGGUCUAUGUGUUGAUGAUAUUUCUUAUGGAAAAGAGAGAAUUCCCAUAUGUGCUGUGAACUCCAUAGAUGACGAAAAACCCCCUCCAUUUAAUUACAUAACUAGCAUUAUAUACCCUGGGUGCCAUCUUGUUCCUGCAGAAGGAUGUGAUUGUACUAAUGGAUGCUCUGACUUGGAGAAAUGUUCUUGUGUGGUGAAAAAUGGGGGAGAGAUCCCAUUCAAUCACAAUGAGGCUAUUGUAGAAGCGAAGCCUCUGGUGUUUGAGUGUGGACCUUCUUGCAAGUGUCCUCCAACAUGCCAUAAUAGAGUCAGCCAACGGGGUGUAAAGUUUCAACUUGAAAUUUUUAAAACCCAAGAAAGGGGAUGGGGUGUGAGAUCCCUGAAUUCAAUCCCUUCGGGUAGUUUUAUCUGCGAAUAUAUAGGUGAGCUUCUUGAAGAAAAGGAAGCUGAACAAAGGACUGGAAAUGAUGAGUAUCUUUUUGAUAUUGGAAAUAACUACAGUAACAGUACACUUUGGGAUGGACUUUCAACACUCAUGCCCGAUGCACAGGCAAGUUCUUGUGAAGUUGUGAAGGAUGGUGGCUUUACCAUUGAUGCUGCUCAGUUUGGUAACGUGGGGAGAUUCAUCAACCAUAGUUGCUCCCCUAAUCUUUAUGCUCAAAAUGUCCUUUAUGAUCAUCAUGACACCAGGAUGCCUCACAUAAUGUUCUUUGCUGUUGAGAACAUUCCUCCCUUGCAAGAGCUUACUUACGAUUACAAUUAUGCAAUAGAUCAAGUACGUGAUUCUGAGGGCAAUGUUAAAAAGAAGUAUUGCUAUUGUGGUUCUGUGGAAUGUUCUGGUAGGAUGUAUUGAGAGGCCUGGCAAGGUUAAUUACUAGAAAAGUGAGUUAUUUCCGUCUUUACCCAAAACUUAUAUCCAUACAAAUUUAAACUCCAUUUUUGAGCCAUGAUAAUCUUUGCUGUCAAUCUUGUUUAAAUAUCACAAUGUCAUGGACGAUUCUUGGUAUUAUUUUUCAAUCAAGAUUAAAAUUUUACAAAACGAACACGACCAACUCGACUCAAAAUAAGAUUAGGACCAUGAAUUACUAUAAAAAUGUCACAAUAUUUCAUUAUUUCAGUAUAAAUUAAUAUUUUUAUAUAAAACUUGACAUUUUUUAAUUUAAUUUGAUAAUUAUUGAAUCACUUAUUUAUAGUCAGGUUGGUUUAGGAC